AUGGCGUCUGAAAAGAACAGUAGCAAGGAAGAAUCUACUUCUUCAACAAGCAUAGCUACAAAGGGUGAACAUUCAGGCGCUCCAAGCGUCAUAAAUACCUUUGCUAAUGAUGGUAGUUUUCUAGAACUUUUUAAAAAAAGGAUGGAGGAGGAAUCAAAGAAAUCGAAGGCGAGUGAAAAAUCAGUCUCCGAAGACAACGUCGAAAAGAAAGUCAAAGAAGACUUCGAACAGAACCAAACCGAGGGAAAAGUUCCUGGAUCCACGAAAUUGUUAGCACAGCAGGUCUGGUUUAGUGCAAAAAAGAAUGCUUAUAUUUUCCCUUUCGCUGGGAAAGAUUGAACGUAUAGUCUGACAAAAAAAUAGUUCACGGGUUUCAUAUUUCAUGCUUGUAAACUUGUCGACGUCCGGAAUUCUUUCAGCUUUUGAAUUUUCAGUAUAAACACACACUUAUGGUAUUGUUCAAGGAGAAAGAGAAAGCAUAAGAUUUCUACACAGCCCCAUACAUUUGUUUAAUAUGAGCGUAGCAAUCUCAUACAAUUUCAGACAAACAGUUUCUAUGAAAUAUGAACAGAGUCAAAACAUGUAUGCAUAGUAAAGUAAUGUAUGGGGCUGUGUUUCUUACCAAGUUUAAAACCUUAAGACUUCUUUUUGUCAAAAAAUCAAUCCUGAUAUGUGAUGUGAAACUGAGAUGAAAAUGAAAAUCAGAAAUUGACGUAUCAAAGUACCUAAAACUUUGAAAAAACGGGAGAACUUUGUUUACUAUUGUUCAUCACUGUACUUUUCAAUAACAUGCAAACCCUGUAAUUUAAAAGCCAGCUGACAUUUGCAUCUUACUCCACUGUCAAUCAUAAUUACAAUCACACAAACAAUGAACCUUGAAACACAAAUACACAAAACAGAUUGAAAUCCACAAAUCACAAAUCAUGACCUUUUGAACUUGUUCAAGUCAACAUCCAUUUCUUAAUAGGUGUGCUAAGACGAUUGACAGCAGCGAAGAAUUGAAUUUCAGAUUUUGCGUGUUUUUGAAAAGUAUAGUAAAUUGACCGUCUUAUCUAAACUUCAUGUAUGUGGUGGUCAGUGAGGAAUACAGGUCAGGAGGAGUUAUCACCAUCCUAAAUAGCAUGAUGUUAUCUUACGGUGUUAGUAUUAAUCCAAAAAAUGUAGGGAAAGAGGACAUUUGCAGUUGGAAAGAUGGGUGGAGCUUCUAGACAGAUGAAUGCAAAGAAAAAGAAACAAGAGAAAGAAGCAGCUGAGGCAGCCAAAAAAGCUGAGGAAGAGGUAAAAGUGAAAUUCAACAAGAAUCUUAAGUGGCCUAAAAUGUACCUCAGUCAUUAGAAAAUUAAUAUCCUGCUAGGACCCAGAAUGUUUAUUUUGAGUAACCUGAGCUCAAGCCAAAAUUUUAGCAACUCUCACACAUUUUUUUUUCUUAUAUAAUCAUCGCCCAAUCUCAAGUUAGAGUUAUACUGAAUGUGACUGGGUAUCCUUUAGAUGCCCAGUUUUGAGAGAAAAAGCAAUUUUUUUUACAGCUUGGUUGUACAUUACUGACUUGAGUGUUUACGUGGAUUCCUGGAUAAACCCUGUCCCCUGGGGUGGGGGAUACUCCUGGGAAUUCUUGGUGGGGGUGUGCCGCACGAUUCUCCAAAUUCUGACCCGAUUUCAGACCAAAAAAUGUACUUCCGCACCUGUUUCCGGACCAGACCUCUAAAAUCCAUACCCAUCUUCAGACCUGGCCUUUAGGCAGAAAUUAUGUCAUCGUUACUUAGAUUAGAGCGCAAACAAGCAAAUUCAUCAAACCAUUUUGAAUUCGCAUGUUUCUCUUUCUCUCUUACUCAUUCGGAAUUGAAACGAUAAAUACAUUCAUACUUUCCUGUAGUUCCCCCGAAAACCAUACCUGAUUCCAGUCCAAAAUGGGCAAAGUGUAUACCCGUUUUCAGACCAAAACGGCGCAAAAACCUGACACCAUGGGACGGCACAUGCCUACAUAGCUUAUGUAAGGGGGUACCCCCCCAGGCCCUGUCCUCCUUGCCUUCUGCCCUCUUACUACAAACUAAGUUACUGCAUACUAAGUUUUCUACUGACUAGAGCAUUUUCAUUAGUAGAAGCUAGCGACCAUAACUCCCUCAUAUAAUGUUUAGCUGUAUUUUGAUGGUCUCUUUUUCUCACAACUAGGCUGAGGGCAAGUCAUCGGCAUGGAAAGCUUACAUGGAUGAAGUUCAAAAAUACAAAGAAAUGAGUUGCUCAGAUGACAGUGACAGAGUACGGCCUCUUGUGAAAUAA